GGGCUGUUUCCGCACACAGGACGUACAGUCGUGGGGAAACGCGUGGUGUUCGUCCGCUGUGUCCCGCUGCCUUCCCACCUCUGAUUAAACGGUAGGCGGACUGUAGAGCCGUGCAGUCUGUCAGAAAACAACAGGCGCACACACACACACACACACACCCUGCCAGUCUGCCAAGGAGAAGCAGCUCACAGCUCUGGGAGAUUUGGCAGAAAAGCAAAAGGAUCCUCAGAGGGGUGCAGCAGAUGCUAUCAAAACAAGGACGCCGUGGACAUCCAUCACGGUCACUUUUGGAGACAGCAGAUCUGCGAUGAGCCCACGGCGUGCGUCAUUGCGCAGCCACGCAUGCAUUCGGCUCCCAGUGUUUAAUAGGAAUCCGCUGACAGAGCACAUCCAGUUAUCUGGGCAGUCACAUGUGCGCAUGGAGCAGCGGCUGCUGUCUCAAACCAACCAGGACUGAGGUCUCGAUCACAGCCUCCACAGACGCUUACAGGAUAUCACCGCUACCUUUCUGGCUCUUCUCCUCCAGGAUGCACCAACUAUUGUGACAUGCCAUCGCAGAUCGGCGCCUUCAGAUAAACUCUACCUAGUGUCCGAGCCCUCAGCACCAUGGCCGUCUCUGCGUCUGGAUGGACCGUGUUCACUUUCCUCCUCAUUAGCAGGUUGCUCCAGAGUUCAUUGAUCAAGGCAGAAGUCAAAGAAGGAGAGAUCCUUCCUCCCACCAUUCAGAGGCUGAUGAAAGGCUACAACAAGUACCUGAGGCCCUUCUUUGACAAUGGUCCAGUGACUGUGGGCAUGAGUUUGGACAUCGCCAGCAUUGACACGAUCUCAGAAAUCAACAUGGACUACACUGCAACCAUAUUCCUGCGACAGCGCUGGACAGAUGAGCGUUUGGUCUUUGAGGGCAACAAAAGCCUGAGUCUGGACGGGCGGCUGGUGGAGCUCCUCUGGGUCCCUGACACCUUCAUCGUUGACUCCAAAAAGUCCUUCCUCCACGACAUCACCGUCGAGAACAGACUCAUCCGUAUCUUUCCCAAUGGAACUGUGCUUUAUGCGCUGAGGAUUACGACCACCGUGGCCUGCAACAUGGAUCUGACCAAGUACCCUAUGGACAAACAGACCUGUACUUUGCAACUGGAGAGCUGGGGCUACAAUAUCAAUGACGUCAUGUUUUACUGGACCAGAGGGAAUGAGUCCGUCAGUGGCUUGGACACUCUACAGCUGGCCCAGUACACAGUAGAGGACCAUUACACCUCAGUGUCAGAGGCCAUCUAUGAGACAGGCAAUUACCCUAAGUUGGUGUUCCACUUUGAGCUGAAGAGGAGCAUUCUCUACUUCAUCCUGGAGACCUACGUACCCUCCAGCCUGCUGGUAGUCCUCUCCUGGGUUUCCUUCUGGAUUUCUCUAUCCUCCGUUCCGGCACGGAUUUGUAUAGGAGUGACCACGGUGCUGACCAUGACCACUUUGAUGAUGGGAGCCAGGACGUCUCUGCCCAACGCCAACUGUUUCAUCAAAGCCAUCGACGUGUACCUGGGGAUCUGCUUCAGCUUCAUCUUCGGUGCUCUCAUUGAUGUCAUGAAUGUAUGGUCAUCACAGUCAUUUCCUGCUUGCCCAUCAUCACCAUCAUCAUUAACGUGUGGAGUUUACGGUCACCACAUGCAUGACUUCGAGGAUGAAAUGAACGGCAUCGUUACCACCAUCUCCAGACACUCCAACCGAGCCAAGAGACGCAAGGAACCUGCUGCUACUCCUCCCCCGGCUCCUGCCCCCACAGAACUGACUGUCAGCCCCUCCAGUCCUUCAGGCAGUGAGCCCAAGCCCGAGGCGUCGCCUCCGGAGUCCACCAUUUGGUGCCUCACUGUUCUGACCACUCUCCGCAAAGUGCUGCGCUCCAUGACAUGCUGCCACAUAGAGAAUCCACACCACAUAGACUACUACUCCAGACUCACCUUCCCUCUGUCCUUCGUCAUGGUCAACCUCCUCUACUGGACGUAUUAUUUGUACUUUUAGCUCUUGUGACGGUGAAUCCCAGAGAGUAGGAGACAGAGAGUGUAUGUAGACAUGAAGUGUACUUUAAUAUCAAGGAGUCAUUCAAAUAAACCUGACUCUCUCUCCACAUUUAGAUCAAUAAACAAAGUAGCAGACUGGUACACGGCCGUUUUAGGGAAUUCUGAGGUUUGAUCAAAUACGUAAGUACUCCAAAUGAAACCCCCUUGUAUUUACCCCAGCAGUGGUAGUGGGCUACCUGAGACUAACGGAGGUUAGUUUGCAUUUUUUCUGCAGAAGUCGUUUUAUUUUAAAUGUAAAUCCAUGUGGGCUGGUACCAUGGUGUAAACAAUAUAACCUUUAGUUUGACUAAUGUGAGCACAGAUGCUACUGGUGUUAACAAGUGAGCGCCAAUCUCUGAUCCAGUUUUAUUUUCCUCUGUUGUGCAGUAUCUCUGGAGCCAUUUAGUCCAGUCCUCCUUUUCAGGGUGUGAAGGAGCUGCAGUUGAUCCCAACAGUCAUCGAUCGAGGUCAGAACUGGUGUGCAGUCCAUCACAGGACAUGACAUAUAGGGACGAACAACCAUCUACAUGCAUAGAGUCGACAAAUAGUCUAACUCCAUAUAUGAAUAUAUAUAUAUUUCUCCAAUUUGAAAAACAAAACAAAAAUGUAUUGUGAGACUGUUUGUUUGGCUUAAACUUCACAGUAUCAAAAUAAAUCACAGAUUUUACUAACUUACCUCACAUAUCUUUCAUUAGCUGAAAAACACAUUAGCUACACAUGCUACAACCAUAGCCUGCGACAAAUGUGUUUCUGCCCAGUAAUCUAUGUAUGGUCCACAAUUUUCUCACGUUUGACAAAGAAAAUGUUCUUCCUGUGAGACUCAGUGUUUGUGUUCACUUUAAUUACAUUAACCAGAGCCGUGAGACGUCUUAGCAACUCAGCUUUUAGAUAAAGGGCCACAGCGCCGCAAUGUGGUACAGUGUCUAACAGGCAGCAAAUUAGAUUUGUAAAAUGGUUCUGGUAACUUUGACAUUUAACAAGGCUAAACGUUUGGCAUUAUGUUCUUUUUUUUUUUUUCUUUUUUAGAAUGUAAUUUUUAAAGGGAAGUACUUUAUUCUACAAAUACCAACUUAUAUUUGGAGAUCAAGUGUGUCAAGGUCCAGCAGUAUUUGUGUAAACUUACCAUCGCAGUACAAUGACAUGACAGAUACCGUCUGUAGACAGUGUUCACCUGCUGUAAUGGAAGAGUAACACACCUCACAGUGACUGCAGUACCACACUGUAAAAGACAGACGUAGGUGUAGGUGCAACGCCUUUGGAGGGAUUUGAAUAUGAACGAAAUAGGGAGAAGGUUUCAGUAGCGUUACAUCAUCUGUAUAUUAUUAAAAUGUUGCAGAUCCAGGACAGAUCCGGUCUUCCACAUCAUUUCUUUCAUCACUUUUUCUGAUGUCGUCUAGAUAAUCCGGGGAAAAAAAAAUAAUACCAGAAACAUCUCAAGAAAUAUUCCCAUGUCUAGACGUCGUCUCUGUUUCAGUGAGUCAGUGUCCUUUAUUAGUCAUUCCUCAGUCAUCCCAUCUGCUGCCUGAUACUAUUUCUGUGCAGCCUUCAUAACAUAGAAACAUUGAAGACCCUGCAGAAAUAUUGUAUCUUUAUUAUUACAGAUACCAAACCGUCCAGUCUGGCCCACCACAAAUAUUAAUGCUCGACAAAAUGAUUUUUAUUUCAUUUUAAUUGAACGUCCAGCCCUCAAGGUGUCUGUCCAGGAAUAUAAUGUCCCUCACUUUAUCAAUAAUUUUCAUUUUCAUUCCAAAGGAAAUAUCCACUUGUUUAUAAAAUACCAUACAGUCAGUGCCAAGUGGCAGCAGUCUUCAGUUGAACGCAGUUGCAUGUUUAUUUAUAGCUGUAUCUGUACUGCUGUAUCACCGUCAGUCGUUUAUUUAUUAACAUAAUCAUUCAGAGACUGAACUGAACAGUUCUUUUAAUCAUAAUGUGAGUUUUUUACAUUUUGACUUCAACCUCUUGGAUGUUUACACGACCCAAUAGAAGGUCAAAUCACAGCCAUUUGUUUUCCGAUGCCUUUUGAAACCUAUUACAUUGAGUUUUAAUUACAUCUCUAUUUAUGUUUAAAUGGAUUUUCUAAGCUGUCAUUUAUAUCAUUUGACUCUUCUCGUUGCCUGCCAAUAAUGGAAAAGUAGGAUUUAUUUUUUUUGUCUUUCUGCAUGAGAAUCAAAUGAAACACUUGUUUUCAUUUUUAACUGUUUUUGACAUGAUUUAGAUUUUUUUUACUAGCUGGAGGUGAAAACAUUUUGAAUGUUAAUAAUUAAUAAUAAUAAUAUUGAGUCGUCCCAUCUGGGUCCAUCACUGCAGGAUUUCUUUCGACUCGUGCUCUUAUUUGAACUGUAUCUGUUGAAAGGACAGCCGGUUAUAGACAGUGGAUCUUUGGAUGUUGCUGAACGGCGACACAAGCUAACAGGCAGACUGUGUUUAAUGGACGUGAACAAUAGCAGGCCUUAAUGCCACUGAGGGGCCAAAGAGAGACUACUGACGCCAUUUUACUCUUUAGCUACGUACACUUAUAUAUUUCCCGUGGAGCUGAUUCAUCAAAAAGACUCUCAAGUAGAGCAAAUGUGGGAAAACACGCGGAAACCGUGGUCCAUCUGUUCUACUUUGUCGUCAGUUGAGAGACACAAAACGAUGCCUCCAGGUGACUUUGGCUUCUCACGUCGCAGCUCCUCUAGAGUUCUCCUGUAAAAUGUAUUUAUUUUACUGUAACGUCAAGUAAACAAAAUAAUCCUUUUUGCUUUCCUGCUGUAAAUAAAAAGUAACUCAGUGCAUGUUUAUCUGGUGUAUGAAUAUGAAUGAUAGCAAUAAAAGAGGUUCAACGGUG